UACUGUGGUUACGUAAAAUAUUUUGGUGCUGCCCUAAUGGUCCUUUGGCUGCCUGCCUUUGAAAGGUAUAUUUAAAUGUGUAAGCUUGAAUCUUAUGUUAAGGUUUGUCUGUCUAUGUUAAAUAAUGUGUAUGUUGAAAGGCACUUCAUGAUGGGGUAGAGGAGGAAAAAGGUUUAGUUUUGGCGUGACACUUAAUAUUCUUCCAUAGAGUUCUUGCCUUUUGUAGCCUAAAAAUUCUGCAUUUUCAGUCUAAUAUUUUGCUUUUACUUCUGUGCUGCUUUCUGGAAUGUGCUUAAUUUGUGAUAUUUUCUCCCCCCACCCCCAGCCUUGGUAAGCGCUGGACUUUUCUCCAAGGAGUAGCUUUGCUGAAGCACAAUAGUUUUAUUGUUACCAUUGAUAAAGUGCAUCAUGGGAUUUAUAGUUCCAUCUAGGAAAUGAACCUCUAGAGGAGUUAUGCCAGAAGCCAGUUAAAACUCCGUUGCCGAGGGAGUGGAAGUGUGGCAUGUCAAAAUCUUUCAGCUUUUGCUGGGAGUAUUCUUUUGUUUAAUAUCUGCUCUCUCUGCUGUGCAAAGGUACUUUGAAGAAAAGGAAUUAAAAAAAAAGAAAAAAAAAAAAGGCAGUUUUAACUUAAUUCUAUGUCACUGAAACACUUUGACCAUUCCCUGUGUGUAUACAUGCUGUUACUCUACUUUGUUUUGAAAUGCAGAUGCUUAUUCUGCCCUGAAAAGAGAAUAGCUAUUCUCUUUGUAUGUUAGGGUCAUAAUGUGUGUUAACUAACUCACCUUUCCUGAAAGCUGGAGACUAGUUAAUGAGGCACUCCAGCUUUCAUUAUGGCCUUGCAGGAGAUGGUAUACCACUUACCUAGAAAGAGCAUUUGGGGGUUAAUUGGGAAAGAGUGGCUAUGUUCACCUGUGACACCUUGAAUCUGCAAGUACAGAGCAGUACUUCUGCAUAAAACCAGGACUGAAACAUUGAUUCUCAGUCUAGUUGAAGACAAUAGAUUCAAAAUGGUCAAUGAUCAUGUGGUGCAAGGUCAUGUGUUGCUAGAAGGAACUGAUAAAUAAUCAGAAGAAUCUUUGAGAAUUGUUUACUAAUGUCUUGUGUUCAUUUGUGAAGAAGGCAGUUCAAUGAAUUAACACUUCAUAUAAAGACUGAGUUGUCCUGGUUAGUGCCUUUAUCUGUGUGCUUUUAAGUGAGACUGUCCUCUGCAGGUAUGAGAUUUUGUAAGACAUAGUUAUUCUCCUUUAUGCAGAAAACUUGGUUAGCCUGAGCUGGACUGAAAUGUGAGUAAAGUCGUAUUGGUUGUGCACGGCCUGUUUUUUGGUAGUGGGGGAUCAGAGAGGUGGCUUCUAUGAGAAGCUGCUAGAAGUUUCCAUCAUGUCCAGCAGAGCCAACCCCUGAUGGGUCUGAAGAUGGACACGUUGCUGGCUGAAGCUGGGCCAGUUAGAGAUGAUGGUAAUGCCUCUGUGAUAACAUAUUUAAGAGGAGAAUCAAAACAAAGUAGGGGCACAAUGUUUUUAUAUCCAGAGAAGAGGAGGCGGUGAGAACACAUGAGGGAAACAACAUAGAAACACCCAGGUCAGUAAAGAAGGAGGGCAAGGAGGUGCUUCAGGUGCUGGAGCUGAGAUUCCUCUGCAGGCUGUGGUGAAGACCAUGGUGAAGCAGCUGUCCCCCUGCAGCCCAUGGGGAUCCACAGGGGAUGCAGACAUCCACUCACACUCCAUGGGGAAGGUCCUUAUGCUGGAGCAGAUGGGUGCCUGGAGGAGGCUGUGAUCCAGUGGGAGACCCGGUGGAGAGAGGGACUGGAGCAGCCUGUCCUUGGAGAACUGCACCCUGUGGAACAGUGCCCUAGGCUGCAGCAGUUUUGAGAGGACUGUUUGCCUGUGGAGGGACUCACAUUGCAGUGAUUUUGGGAAUAUUGCUGCUCAUGAGAUUGGAACCACAUUGGAGAAUUUCAUGGAGAACUGUCUCCUGUGGGAAAAGACCCCAAGGUCUCACAGGGGAAGGACUUCUCUCCCUGAGCAGUGGAAGAAGAUCUGGGGUGACAAACUGACCAAAACCUCCACCCCCUGUCUCUGUGUGCUGUCGGUGGGAAGGAGGGAGGCAUUGGAGGGAGAAAAGUGUUUAUAAGGGCUUAUUUUACUUCUCAUUAUCCUCCUCUGAUUUUGUUAGUAAUAAAUUUACUUUGUACCUUUAAGUUGAGCCAUUUUGCCCUUGGAGUGUCUUCUCCCAGACCUUAUCGCAGCUCAUGAACCCUUUGUUAAUAUUUUUCUCUCCUCUGCCCAGCUGUAGCAGGGGAGGGUGAGUGAGCCGCUUUCAUGGGUGCCUGAUGCUAGGCCAGUGUCAAACCAUGACAGUAUUCCGGGCUCACAGCAGUUCAUCUGGAGAGUUGGCUCGUGGGCAAACUGAGCCUCAAGAAACAACUUCAAGGUCUCACACCUUCAAAAAUAAGUCUUCUAAGAAAUCCAGUAUCUGUGGAAUCUGCAAACAAGUAAUUAAUAGCCAAGGAAUUUCCUGCAGAGUUUGCAAGUAUGCCUGCUACAGGAAACGUGAAGAAAAGGCUAAUAACUCUAAGGUGGUUAAAACUCAUGUAACCAGAAGUAAUUCCAGCAGUGCUUUGAAGAACUUCUCUUUCAGUUGUGACAAAGUAUCACGAAGUGCAGACUUUGAUCACAUUAUGGAGGAAGGCUAUGAACUUGACCUCACUUACAUCACAGAGCGGAUUAUAGCUGUGUCCUUCCCUGCUGGCUGUUCUGAGGAAACCUACCUCCACAAUCUACAAGAAGUAACACAAAUGCUCAAAUCCAAACAUGGUGAUAAUUACUUGGUGUUAAACCUCUCUGAAAAGAGGUAUGACCUUGCCAAGCUUAACCCAAAGAUUAUGGAUGUGGGGUGGCCUGAUCUCCAUGCUCCACUUCUGGAUAAGGUGUGCACCAUCUGCAAGGCUAUGGAGUCCUGGCUGGACAAUGACCCUCAACAUGUGGUGGUGAUCCAUUGCAGAGGAGGAAAAGGAAGGAUAGGUGUAGUCAUAUCAUCGUAUAUGCACUUUACCAAUGUUUCUGCAAGUGCUGAUCAGGCUCUAGACAGAUUUGCUAUGAAGAAAUUCUUUGAUGAUAAAGUUUCAGCUUUAAUGCAGCCAUCCCAAAGAAGAUAUGUACAGUUCUUAAGUGGCCUUCUAUCUGGAUCUGUGAAAAUGAAUGCAACCCCUCUUUUCCUGCACUAUGUUAUCCUUCAUAACAUCCCAAACUUAGAUGCUGGGGGAGCUUGUCGGGCUUUUCUGAAGUUAUACCAGGCUAUGCAACCAGUUUAUACAUCUGGAAUAUAUAGCAUAGGGUCAGAAAACCAAAGUCGAAUCUGCAUUGCUAUAGACCCUGCCCAGCUUUUGAAGGGAGAUGUUAUGAUGAAGUGUUAUCACAAAAAAUACAGGUCAGCUACUCGUGAUGUGAUUUUUCGCCUUCAGUUUCACACUGGAGCUAUUCAAGGACAUGGCUUGGUGUUUGGCAAAGAUGAUUUGGAUAACGCCAACAAAGAUGACCGUUUCCCUGAUUACAGCAAGGUGGAAUUAGUGUUUUCAGGAACUCCAGAGAAAAUUCAAGGAUGUGAACACUUUCAGAAUGAUCAUGGAGUAAUUGUUGAUUACAAUACAUCAGACCCACUAAUACGCUGGGAUUCCUAUGAAAAUAUGAGCCCUGAUGGGGAAGUGCUGCAUACCCAAGGUCCCAUUGAUGGCAGUCUGUAUGCAAAAGUGAGAAAGAAGAGCUCUUCAGACAGCAACAUCCCUGGUGUUGCUCAGAGUGUUCAUGUUACAGGCAAUCCUGAUCACAGUGAUUAUACUUUGUCUGUCAGUAGUGAUUCCGGACACUCCACAGCUUCCAUCAGAACAGACAAGACUGAGGAACGCCUUGUCCCAGGAGUUAAACGGGGUCUGAGCCAACAAGAGAAGGCAGAACUGGACCAGCUACUUAGUGGCUUUGGUCUAGACGAUUCUGUCAGCACCACCAAGGAUAUGACUGAUGGUCAAAGCAAGUACAGUGCUACUCAACUCAUAGUGCCAGCUCAAGUUCACAUGGUUGAAGUCACCAAAAUGAAGGACAGGGAGACUGAUAUUCUGGAUGACGAAAUGCCUAAUCAUGACCUUCACAGUGUGGACAGCAUUGGGACUUUGUCUUCCUCAGAAGGGCAUCGCUCCAUCCACCUAGGGAACUUCAGUUGCCACAAGAGCAGUCAGAACUCACUUCUUUCAGACUGCUUUGGAAGUAAUGCUGGAGAAGAGCAUCACAGUGCUUUUGCUGCAGACCUGGGAAUUGGUGUGGAUUCCCUCUAUGAGAGAUCAUUUGGAAGCACUGAGCCAAAGUCAACUGAGCAAUUGCAGCAGAAUCCUUCUGUCUCAUGCCAUCCACAAACCUAUGGCCCAAGGUACUCUACUCAGACCUGGGUACACCAGCAGCAGAUGGUCACUGCUCACCAAUAUGGUUUUGCCCCAGAGAAUGAAAUUAGGAUUGGCAUUCAUAACACUGUGGAGAAUUUGGGCAGUGUCCAGAGCCAGUCCCAAGUCCCAGAUGCCUCAACAUGUGGCUCUAGCUGCAGAGAUGCUGUGCAGAGAGGACUAGGAAGCAUGCUGGGUGCUGCAGAAGCUGAAGAGCGUGCAAGUGCUGACAGUUUUAAGUCAAGGCCAAUGCCUCAGAGGCACACAGAUGGCCUGGAUGUAGGACGAAACGCUGGGGACUUGCCAGCUUCUCCAACUUUGGAUAUUGAUCAGUCCAUUGAACAAUUGAACAGGCUGAUUUUGGAGUUAGACCCUACAUUUGAACCUAUCCCAACCCGCAUUAACACUCUCACCAGUGACAGAAAUAGAUUAGAUGGCUUCAACAGCCUUGACGCACAUGUGGAAGAGCUUAAUAGUAUUUCUGGCUUCCAUGACACAAGCAUGACCUUCCAUGAGGUCACAAGCAGGAAUCCCUCUGGGCAUGCAACAGGUAUGCAAGAUGAUGAUGCAACAGGGAAAAGGCUCAGAAAGUUAAGUGUUGGGCAGUAUGGCAAUGAUGUUCCUGGGGAGCCAUCUUACAACAGGUGUGGAUGGAUGAAGUCUCCUGCUAUUCACCAGGCUGUAAUUCCAGGAUCACAGGUUGCUGGAGGGAAAACCAAGGAGAUGAUCGCUGUACAUUACCAAGAUGAAAUAGAUGGGGGAAUCUUCUCCACAAUAAAAAAUGGAAAUGAAGCUGUCACAUUCACAUCAGCUUUUCCUCUAUCACCAGAGAUGACAUAUGUGAUAGCACCUCCACUAAGUCAUCAGCAGAUUCUCUCCAGCCAAAAGGUCAGCAGCCCAUCUGAGCUGUACAGAACAAUUUCUGAAUCUCAAAGUUACACAGAAGCCAUUAACCUCUCUAUGAUGAUGUCUGACAGCACUGUGGGCACUAAUUCGUCUUUGCUGAGAGCCAACAUGCAGACUGAUCCCUCCUUUCAGCAAUGCUUUGCAUCUUCAUGUACUGUUGCAAGUAGCAGUCCUAUUCCAGGGGCAGAAAGUAAGAAUUUGGAAAUACGUCUGGUUGGAGUGUCAGAAUGUCACUCUUCUGCAGCAGAAUGUCCUUGGCUUGAAAGCAGCUCUAAAACUUCCCUGUCAACCCAGUAUUCAAUGGGAAACACCAGGCAGCCAGGAGAUUACCUUGUGCCCUCUGAAUUUUCAAGUGCUGUUCAGGAUGUCUCUCUCCUGUCUCAUUUCCAAACUCCAGGACUGCAAGUUGUCACUCUGAGCAACCUGGAGAGCUCACCAGCAGAGCCACGCCAAGAACAUGUUAGCAGCAGCAGUACCCAUGCUUACCUGAGCUAUAGCAGUACCAGGGACAGUAGCUCCCCCCGAGAGGAGACACAUGCUGCUUGCAAAGCCAGUGCUAGCACAUCUAAAACCCUGACCUUGUCAGUGGCAAGGGCUGAUGACAAUGACUUUUUUACACAAAACUUUCUUACAGUGGCCUCUGGACACAACAGCCAAAACAGUGCAGUUCUGCAUCACCAUGGAGGGAACUUACAGGCUCAACCUCCUCUUCCAGAGAAGAAGAGGUCCUCUGAAGGAGAACAUUCCUUUGCCUCUGUGUCACCUUCUUCAAGUGGCUUCUCUAGCCCUCACAGUGGAAGCACAAUCAGCAUUCCCUUUCCAAAUGUCCUCCCAGAUUUCUCAAAAAUGUUAAGCCCUUCCCCAGUGCCAGAAAACACAGCUGAUAAGUAUGUGACCGUAAAAUUUGUUCAGGACACAUCCAAGUUCUGGUAUAAGCCAGAUAUUUCAAGAGAACAAGCCAUUGCUGUUCUCAAGGAAAAGGAACCUGGGUCUUUCAUUGUUCGGGACAGUCAUUCUUUCCGGGGAGCCUAUGGGCUAGCAAUGAAAGUUGCCACACCACCUCCUUCUGUGCUACAGUUAAAGAAAGUUGGAGAUUUGUCAAAUGAACUUGUAAGGCAUUUUCUGAUUGAAUGUACUCAGAAGGGGGUACGCUUGAAAGGAUGCCCAAAUGAACCAUAUUUUGGGUGUUUGACAGCUCUAGUGUAUCAACAUUCCAUCACUCCACUGGCAUUGCCCUGCAAGCUUCUCAUCCCAGACAGAGAUCCCUUGGAGGAGAUAGCAGAAACUUCUCCACAAACUGCUGCAAAUUCAGCUGCAGAGCUUCUCAAACAGGGUGCAGCUUGUAAUGUUUGGUACCUGAACUCAGUGGAGAUGGAGUCUCUCACAGGCUACCAGGCAGUACAGAAAGCCUUGAGCCUGACACUGAUGCAGGAUCCUUCUCCUGUCUCAACUGUUGUCCAUUUCAAGGUGUCUGCUCAGGGAAUCACACUGACAGAUAAUCAAAGAAAACUCUUUUUUCGGCGACAUUAUUCAGUCAGCACUGUUAUUUUCUGUUCUUUGGAUCCACAGGACAGAAAAGUGUUUGGGUUCAUUGCCAGGAAGCAAGGCAGUGCCACAGACAACGUGUGCCACCUCUUUGCAGAGCAUGAUCCAGAACAACCUGCCAGUGCCAUUGUAAACUUUGUAUCAAAGGUCAUGAUUGGAUCCCAGAAGAAGAUCUGAUGCCUUUCCAUCCUUGAAUCAGAGCUCUUCGCUGAAUUCACCGAAGGAAAUCACUGUGAGAGGGAGAAAGGCUAUUCAGCAACAGUGUUUGAAUAUUAUCAUUCCCAAUAAGAAAAGCAGAGGAUGAUCUGUGUAUUGUGUUUGUGAGAGUUCAGGGUUUUAUUUCAAGAUGCCUCACAAAGCAUUACUUCUUCAUUUUUAUAUCAGAGGACAAAACAAAAGAAGAUGGGUGCCACCCAAAACCACGUAGUCCGUACCUGAAUGAAGCAUAACUGAAAAACUUUGCUCCUGAUGGGUUUCUAAUAUAUCUUCACAUGCUGUUUCUUACAAUUUAUUGGAGCAGAAAUACUUACUAGAUUGCGCUACUUUUUUGUUCAGAAAGUGUUUCGUAAAACCUCCACAAAGGCACAUGCCAUAGUUGCAUCAAGGUAGUUACAGACCUUGCAAUCAUGCUUUUAGGAGAAUGAUCAUCUGGGGUAAACGAUUUACUCUUUCCCUGUAUCUUUGUGAUCAGUGAUGAGAACUGAAUGGAGAAAGUGGAAGAUGUAUGUGAAGAGAAGGUUUGUGCAAGUUGUUUUCUGUUAAGAAAGGAGUGGCAGUGUGGAAUAUUCAGGAAGAUUGCUCUGUAUUUAGUGUUAAGAAAGCUGAGCUGUUUUAGUCAGAAAAUUUUUCAAUAGAGCAGAAGUGGCGGAACAAAAAAAUAAGUGUGAAAAUCUGUUCUAUAAUUAGGGGGUUUUGUAUUUGUUUUUUAAAAAAAGAGAGCUAAGCAGAGAAGAUUAAGCAUUUUAGUAAUUACAGGAUAAAAUGAGGGAAAAGCAAAGAAGAUGAUGGUAUAAUUUAUGCAUUUUUACCUGUGACAGAUUAUUCUAGGAGCUCUUCUCCUUUUAUCAUAUGUGAGAACAAGUUUUCUUUUAAGAUUCUUUUGGUGUACAAAGAUUCCAGUUGCCUAAUUUCAUCAUCCUUGGAGCCCAGAGAAUUUCAUCAGCUGACAUCUCAAGUGGAUUUAAGUCUCAAUUAGAUUUUAAUCUGAUGUGAUGUAAGCAUUGAAAUGAGGAUUUUUUAACUAUAUUUUUUCACUUCUGUAGAUAGUAAAUUUUAGUGUGUCUUCUUAGACACUAAAUGUUGGCCUUUGGGCUGAAAAUAAAAUGUCCUUUUUUUCCUAUGUAUUGUCAUUUCCAUUCAGGACCUUAUUUUUUAUUCCUUGUGCUUUCUCAAGGUCUGCCAAAUUCACAAGCAUGAGGGAUUGCAUGCUGACACUCCUGAUGGUAUUUUCUGGGAGUUUAGCUCUACUUGCCAAGUGGGAGAAAAGAAGUUACCCUGUUUCUAAGGGAGAAAUUUUCUAUUGUGCAUUCCUUUGGAUGGUAUAUUGCCAUGUGCAUUUGCUUUUUAAUGAAUUAAAAAAUGCACAAAGCAAGAUAGUUCAGUAUGUACCAUUAUGUAGUAUGUGUAGAAAAAUAUUCAUGGAACUUUAUAUGUUCAUGGCAAAAACAAGAUUAAUCUUUAUAUAGCACUUUCUUUCAAGAUUUUUGGUAGAUGUCUGAAUGCAAUUUCAUAACUAAUGGCAGCAAGUUGACACAUAUCUUUAGCCAGACUCCUGUUAAGGUGGUUAGUAAAUAUGCUAUUAUAAUCAUACAGUGUUAAACUACAAAAAUGCUAAAAGCCAAGUUUUUAAUUAAAUCGUUUCACAGUAUCCAACAGUAUGUUUAAAUAUUUGAUGUUUCUUUCUUGGUUUUUCCUACUAGUGAAAAUUUUCACUUUUUUCUUCAAACUAUAAAGAAGUAUCUAAAGGUCUUCAGUAUAUAAAUGAAUGUUCUAUAAAUUCCUUGUAUAGUCAUUUUCUCUGCUCUUCAGAUACCGCCUCUUUCAGAUUACAAUAAAAUUACAAAUGUGAAAUGCCA